GCUCAGUGAGAUAGGCCCGGAUCACUGCGUCCUGCCCCGACUCGACACCCAGCAGGCCUGCAACAAGCUGGUGACAGAGGUUUUGGAAGUCAGCCAGCUCCGGAUGUAUACAUCACUUUACCCGCUUGGCCGUGGAGCUCUGGAGAUUGGUGUUUCCUCCGACAUAACCAGUGAGGCCGAUGUAAGGGAUCAUGUAAGAAGCGAGCAGGAAGUUGAGGCUGUUGGCGUAGACGUCGAAAGGAGGAUUGAGGCUGCCACCCAGGGCUCUGUCGAAGAAGGCCGCCCAGUUUGCACUGCUGAGGUCCAGGACAGGACGGCGGAACGCGGCCGAGCCUAGAGUGUCCUUGAUGGCCCUGCAUGGUUACGUGGGAAAACAAGUAAGAAGAGCUAGCUCCAAACUCCGGCUACUGCUCGACACGACCCGAGAACUACCUGAGGUGGCCGAUCUCCUGGUAGCCGAACUGAGCGGACAAGUCUCUGGUAAACUCAUCCAAGUUUGCGAGCUGAGCUCCUACGGGAGGUGAUCCUCCGCCGGAGAGGCCGGGGAUGAUAACGUCGAGGCCGUGUCCGAAAGCACUCCACAGGAAGAACUCGGCUUCCAGGUACUCGACGUUGAGCGCGAGCUGGAGCCCCUCGGCGUCCGCCUCGGGGAUGCCAAAGGGAAUGUAGGAAGCGUUCUGGGAGACGAGGCAACCUUCCCAGGUAGAGACGGUCGGGGGAGAGCUACCAGCGACGAGCAAUGCUGCUGCGAAGAGCAAUACUAGCAGCGAUGAUCUUGUCAUUGCAAGAAGAAGAGCUAGCGACGAUGAUCUUAGAGGAAGGAGGGAGGAGAAGAGAUAGUUUGGAAACUCUGGAGAGGAGUUUUAAAUCCAAAUCUCCAUGGACAAAGCUCUCACGCGGCGCGAAUGAUUUUCAUAUCUUUGUCCUUGCGUAGGCCGCAAUGCCAAGGAGGUGGAGGCCUUUAAAAAUAUAGGUUUACCUUUGGCGUUAUUCCCAUAAAAUUCUUUCUCCCAUGGAUGAGUUAGAGGAGAAGAAGGGGCAGCAGCUAUUGGUCCAGCUCCUCUCGUGUGCGCGAAACAAUGACGCAGCGCAGCUAGGGCGCCUCCUCCGCGCAGAUCCAGCGCUCCUCCACGCCAAGGAUUACGAUGGCCGCACCGCGCUCCACAUCGCCGCGCUCCACGGCGGCGCCGAUGCCGCCCGGCUGCUCCUCGCCGCUGGCGCCAACGUGAAUGCCACGGAUCGCUGGGGAAACUCGCCCUUGACGGAUGCCGAGGCUGCUGGGUUUGGGAAUUUGGUGAGGCUGAUCCAGGAUUACGGGGGACAACUCCUGACAGGGAAUAGUGGUGUUACUCCUCCCACUCCACGAAACAGGGAUUGGGAGAUUGAUCCAAGCGAGAUUGACUUGCGACGCAGCACUUUAAUUGGAAAGGGAUCCUUUGGAGAGAUUCGUAAAGUCGUAUGGAGAGGAACUCCUGUAGCGGCCAAGACAAUUCUACCCUCUCUUUGCAACGACAGAAUGGUGGUCGAGGACUUUCGAUACGAGGUCCAGCUCUUGGUGAAGUUACGACAUCCAAACAUUGUCCAGUUCCUGGGAGCCGUCACAAAGAAACCACCUCUCAUGCUCAUUACAGAGUUCCUCCCAAAGGGUGAUUUGCACAGAGUUUUGAGAGAGAAGGGGGGCUUACAUUCUUCCGUUGCCAUCAACUUCGCGCUGGAUAUUGCACGCGGGAUGGCUUACUUGCAUCGAGGCCCCAACGUUAUCAUACAUAGAGAUCUUAAGCCUCGCAACAUUCUCAUGGACGAAGGAAGCGAGCUCAAGGUCGGUGAUUUCGGCCUGAGCAAGCUUAUACGGGGACAGAAUCCCCACGACUUUUAUAAGUUAACCGGAGAAACAGGGAGUUAUAGAUACAUGGCACCAGAGGUCUUCAAGCACGACAAGUAUGACAAGAGCGUGGAUGUUUUCUCGUUUGGCAUGAUCCUUUACGAGAUGUUGGAGGGAAAUGCCCCAUUCUUCCAUAUGGAACCGUACUCUGCCGCUUCGACUGUAGCAGACGGAGAAAGACCCAGCUUCAAAGCCAAAGGAUACACGGCAGAGAUGAAAGAGUUGAUUGAAAAUUGCUGGCAGGACUCAGCAGCGCUGCGACCAUCUUUCCCCACGAUCAUAGAAAGAUUAGAACGAUUGCAAGGAUCGCAGCAAGGACAUCACCACCACCACUGGCCAUUCACUAAGCAGCCGCCAAACACAUUUGUGUUGUUCUAUGAAUCCAAGUAUCCCGAUCAGGACUAGAAGAAAUUCAGCAAUAGAUCAGAACAACUCAAGCAAGAUGGUGCAAGCCAUUGUUACCGCGAGAUAAACAUGUCUGCUACUUUAACCCCUGAA